AUCCCUCUGAGCCUGAGUACUGCCAGGUACUGCCUUACAAGAAGCCCUAUAUCUGCGCUUACCUUCCAAGUCUCUCGGAAUCACCUCCGCUCAGCUCAUUUUUUCUUGUUGUGUAGCCUUUUCGUCAAGGCUAUAUAACUAUUAGGAUAGUCUAGAGUCUCAAGACUUUGGACUCAUCCUCCUGACUUCAAAGGAGUCACGAUGUGUUCCCUAGUCAUUCCCCGUUUUUCCAGCCCGAUCUCCAAGCCCGUCUCUCAAAAAGCCUCCAAACUUACCUUCUGCUCCAAAGUAACCACCGUAAACUCCAUUAAUGCAUUCGUCAAGUCUUUCUAGAUAAUCCGCUCAAGCUCGUCCUAUCUGGUGUUCUUAAUAUUUACGCUCUCGUCUCAACUCUCCGUAUUUUUUCACACUGCUCAAUUCUAUGGUUCGCUCCGCUGCUCACUCAUUGGCCCAUCGAGGGCCACCAACCACAACGUCACAUUCGCACACUCGGGUUCGCUGGCAACCCUAUUAUGCCACCCUUUCCUCAGUUUCCUCACGUCCAUCUCCUUCAUAUCUCAUUACUCCCGCCUCAUCUGUAUCAUCCAUUUCCCCUUCACCUCUAUCAGUCUAUGACCCAGAACGGCAGCGAAAUCCUCAAUUUCACCCGCGAGAAUGUCAGCUUCGCGACUCCCAGAAAUCAAAAUAUGUAACUGGUUUAGUCGAUCAAGCUGUAAAAUCAAUAUGCGAAAUAUGGAAUCCUCAGGACAUCCCGUUCGCUUUUCUGACAUCAUCUCGUCCGACUGUGGCUGCCUCCUCCAACGACUCCAUUAUUGCAUCAAUUCCCAGCAUUUCACUCCACGGGCGUAAUACUCAACUCCCCUCUCCCAUAUCUCCAACGACACAGCCAUCUCCCACGCCCGCCCAAUGCAUCCCACAUACGUACUCCCUUCAUUCGCCCGAGGUUUCCCUGACGCCCUGCUUGAACGACCAGGCCCUACGGUGCGACGUCGCGCCGAUGAAAGGGUUUGUCCACGAGGUUCUUCGUCGCUCUCGCACGUCAGGCAGCGUUCUACAGACAGCCCUUUGUUACCUGGAAGCUAUCCGCGCCAAGGUCCCAGAGCUGGUCACGCAGGAGAAGGUGCAUCCUGGGUCUACUUGCGAAAAGGAAUCGGUUGAACGCAUCGUUCAAGGUGAGGUCAGCGCUCCUAGCGCUGGCCUUGACGGACCUAUAUCUUCCACGGAAACAUCGACAGGCAAUGCUUUGCUGGAUACCAUCCGCAUCAAUCCCAUUACACUUGAGGUUGACUCUGCAUUUGCAGAGCCAGUAUUUGAUGCAAAGGCGUCUUCGCACAAGCCUAAGCAGAGUAGUGGCUGUUUAACGCCGCUUCCUCCACUUCCCUCGCCGCUUCUGUGUCCUCGCCGCACUUUCCUCGCGUCACUCAUUCUUGCGUCGAAGUUCACGCAAGAUCGUUGUUACUCAAAUCGUGCAUGGGCGAAACUUUCUGGCCUUCCGCCACGGGAGAUCGGUCGUUGCGAACGUGCGCUGGGUGAAGCGCUUGAGUGGCGCCUCUGGGUUGGCAAGUUGCCCUCAGCGCCGGCCGCUUCCGGACGCGCCCUCACCAAAUGCAAGAGUGAAAGCAAUAUAUUGCUUAGGAGCAGUCCGAGAUCGCAGUCCGUUAUAGAGACUAGCCCCGAUGCUUCACCGACAUCUUCCACAGCAGGCUCACCUUUGGUGGCAAGGCCUCGUGUGGGUCUCAGGCGGCACGCCACGUUACCUACACGCACCUCCUACCGUGAAGACUCAUAUUCGGCGACGUUUUCGUCCGCCGUGGAGACUUCGCUAUGGAUGCCAACUGAAGCUAGUCUGGGAAUGGAUAGCAGUCCAGCCAACUCCGAGAUCAGUCCACCGACGCCUGGUCUCAGUUACUCGCCUACGCCCACAGAGUCAUCACUUGGGGAUCGCACUAUUCAGAUGACGAGUUUCAUGGACAUUUCGACGCCGCCGCCGCCGCCAUCCUGCCAGUUCGCCGCUUUCUCGAGCGUGCAGAACGACAAGAUGUUGCAGCCGGUACCGAUUCCGUUCAUGUACUCGAUGCCGAACGAUGUGUAUCAGAGUCACAAUGGGGAUCAGCCUUAUUUUGCAGCGGGUCUGUCGGCGCCGAAUAACGAAUCCUGGUCUUCAGUAUAUGCUUUCUGACUGGUAUCGCCCAUGGACGCCCACUUGUUUACCGCGCUAACCAAUUUGGUUGAUGCUUCCUAUGCCUAUGCGUCUCUAUCUUUUUGGUUUGUUUCAUAUUACUUUUGUACAUAUAGUUUAUCUGUUGCGUGUCCGAGUAUGUGCCUAUGUCUUGUUGGUUUGGGAGUGCAGCGGCAUCUGAUUAACUAUGAACAAUCCCGACUUUUUCAUUUUGUCUUCUUGUGUACUACUAUAACCAUACCCAAUAGACUUGCUUUGAGCAUCAACAGGCACUAGCGGAAUCUGGCAAUUUUUUUCAGUGUUCCUCUGGGGUCAUUGACCAUGUGUCGGACAUGCAUCUCGUUAUUUUGCUUCAUCUAUCGCAUGUACUAGUAGUACCAGGCAAUAUUAAUGUGACAGACAGAUUAUAGUAGGU